AGGACUUCAAGUUUUAAUCUCUCAGAAUUAAUAAUCAUUUCAACACAGAUAUAAAAUAUCUAUCCAAUAGUUAAAAAAUAUUGGUUUAAUUGUAGUGAUAAAAUUAAUUAUUAUAACAUGUUGAAGUUGUGUUUUGGUGGUUUAUUGUUUGCGUGUGUUUUGCAGUUAUCAAGCACGAAAAUGUCAGUGAAAAUCGCGACCUUUGAUGAAGUGAAAAAUCUAAAUAAAAACGUAGUUUUAAUUGACGUUCGCGAACCGUCGGAAUUAAAAGAAUUUGGCGUUAUACCAGGAAGUAUUAAUAUACCCUUGAAGGAUGUCGAAAAAGCGCUUAAGGAUUUGUCGUCUGAAGAAUUUGGAAAGUUGUAUGGUAAAAAUAAGCCAUCGCUCGAUACGGAAAUAAUUUUUUCUUGCCGUUCUGGAAGGCGUAGCGGCUUGGCAGCUGAUAUUGCUGUUAAAUUAGGAUACCAGAAUGUCAAGAAUUAUCAAGGAAGCUGGUUGGAAUGGGAACAGAAAAUAAAAGAAUAAAACAAUCAUCUUUGAUAAUACCUAUCAUACAAAACGAUAUAAAAU